AUAAAAUAUUACCUAAAGUACUUUAUGAUUUAGUAUUUAAUUGGCAUUCAGUAGAAUUGAAUCUUUUGGUUGUUGAAUUAACGGAUAUUAUUAUAUAAUAGUUGUAGUAUACUAACAUUAUUACAUAGUAGUUGAUUUUUCAAGGUUGUAAUGAUCAGAAGAUUAUAGAGUACUUGAGUCUGGACAUUUUAACGCUCGAAUCGACUUGUCAUGUUUGCAGUAUUAAUGUGAACACGCUUAGUAAACUUUGAUAACGUUGAGCUAAAAUUAUUCUGAUAGGUAGUUAAAAUACAAUAAAAUCAUGAACCAAAUAGCUGUAAAAGAUUUGCAAUCAAUUAUUCAACAAACAUUUGGAAAAGAAAUAAUUGUUGAAAGUUAUGAAACAAAAGAUUUUCUUCCACCUGGUGAAAAUUAUGGGAGUAAAAUAGUGAGUGUUGAUGCGAAAAUUCGUAAGACGAAAUCAAAUAAAAUUGAAAAUCUUUAUAUGAUUGCUAAAUUGCCUCCGCCAACUCAAUUUCAACGUGAUAUGUUUGAUACUCCGUUUACAUUUAAAAAAGAAAUAUUUAUGUAUUCAGAAAUAUUUCCAGCUUAUAAAAAAUUAGAAAUUGAUAAUGGUAUCAAUGAAAAUAAAGUUUUCAAUAAUCAUGCUACUUAUUAUGGUUCAAGACUAUCAUUAAAUUCAAAUGUUGAGUUUGAUGACGAUGCAGCUAUUGUAUUGGAGAAUUUAAAAGUUCAAGGAUAUUACAUGGUUGAUCGAAAAAUUGGAUGUGAUUUAAAUCAUUCAAAAAUAGCAAUACAAACUUUGGCACGAUUUCAUUCUCUAGGAAUUGCUAUGAAACAUAAAAAUCCUAGUUUUUUUGAAGUACUGAAAAUUAAAUCUAAAUGUUUAGAAUUUAAAAAUCCUGAAUCGUGGGAAAGCAUUAUGAAAAGUCUCUCAACAACUAUUGAGCACGAUGAAAAAAUAAAACAAUAUUUUCCUUCAUGUGAAAAAGCUUUUUCUGCUGGAACUGCUGAAUCUUGGAGAGCAAUACCUGAUGAACCAUGGUCUUCAAUUAUUCAUGCUGAUUUUUGGACUAAUAAUUUUAUGUUUCACAAAUCAGCAGAAACAGGGAUUCCUGAUGAUAUUAAAUUUGUAGAUUUUCAGAAUUAUUUAUUUCUCAGUCCAUUACGAGAACUUGCAUUUUUUUUGGGUGUUGGUCUGGAGUCAGACGUAUUCAAAACUCAUUAUAAUGACCUUGUAGAUUAUUACUAUCAAGUACUCAUAGAAAGAUUGCAAUUACUCAAUUGUGAUGUAACGCCAUAUUCGCGGGAUACUUUCAACGAACAGUUACGUAAGGAUACGUGUAUAGAAUUUACACAUUGUGCUUGUAUGUUGAAAAUCAUUACAAUCGAUGUUGACGCUAGUGAUCCUAAUGCCCAUAAUGUCAAGAGUUUACUUGAAUCAUCACCGAAAAAUGAAAUAUUUAUUAACAGAGUCAGGAAUUAUGUUACGUUGCUUUGUGAACAAAACUGGCUUGAUUAGUAAUUUUCUUUUAAAUUAAUUAUGUAUAAUUAAUUCUUUUCCAUCUAAAGAAUAUGUUAGUAUUUUAUCUGUUCAAUAGUAUUAUUUUAUGACGGAUAAUAAUAAUAAAAUAAUUAUAAUUUUAUAUUAUUCAAUUGAAUAAAAAAUUUUUAACAAUAAAGGACAUUAAAAACAACACCUUACGAACAUGGUAGAAUGUAUAUUAAUAUUAAAGUGAAUGAAAUAGAAAUUAGAAAAAGAUCUGCUUUGAAAUAUGAGACCAAAAUUUUUUUUAAACAUUCUAUCACGUUAUGAAAGCGUGAAUAAAUAUCGAAGUAUUUCAGAUUUAUUUUUGUCAAUGUUUUUUGUUUUGUUUUACGCAUGCUAUGUAUAUGACACAUUUACAAUAAUUAACAAUGUCAUUUUUUCGACAAUUACCACACUUGCACUCGUCUUGAUCAUAAAUUCGAAUAUAUAUACACAUCAAUGUAUAUAUACUACGAUUUUAUUUCUCAUUAUCACAAAGUUUUUGAAUGCAUUGUAUAUUAAUAUUAUACAUAUUUAGCAUAUUUUGUUGUCUUUAUUAAAUUUAAAAGGACGAUUAAAUGAAUAUAAAAUAAUGAGAGUAAUUAUUCAGAAUCACCAUGUUAAUAGUCAAUAUUCAACGUAUAGAUAAUAAUGAAAUUUAUUGCAAUAACAAUAAAAACGAAUGAAUAUAAAAUUUAAAUUAUUUUAAUGUUUAGUUAUAAUUUUUUUUUUUAAUGAUGAAUAGUAAUGUUCAAUUUUUUUGCAUAAAAAAAAAAUAUUUAAUUAUGUUGCAUUGGAUUUGUUUUCUUACAGACUGUUAUUCUUUGUUGCAAGUUGAUUUAUUUAUGUAUUCUUUAUUUUUCAUAUGCAGUUAUUGUAAAUAGUGUGUCAGAAACAUGUGACAUUGAAAACCUAAUAUUAUUAAAUCAUUUAUAAAUUUGUCUAAAUUAAUGUUUGAAUGCGAAUGAGGUGAUCAGGAAAAAUUCUUUCGCACCUUUUCAAUUAUUCAUUCGCUCUUCUAAUAUUUUAUAUACGUACGGUUUAGAAGUUCGAAUGAAUAAAAAAAAUAUCGGGCUUUUAUGUAUAGGUUUAGAAGCUAAAAGAAUAGAAUUCCUUCUUAAUAAAUAGUAUUUGUUCAAAAGAUAUUUGUGCGAAAGAAUAAUCCUAAAGGGCCAUAGUUCUGACACAUUAUAUUUUUUCAUAUUUUCUGUACAUUAUUUGUUAAUAUUAAAUAAUAUUUAUAUUUA